UGUCAUUUCAACAAAACACACAGAGACAGAACACUUGGGUGAUCCUAGCUAGAAACACCGCCGGUGACGUAAAAAGCUGCCAUGCAGAAUCCACCAAAUGUUUAUGAUGUUAAAGACUAUGAUAAUUCGGGCUUCCAAAGAGAUUUCACAGAGUUUAACAUCUAUGAAAAUUUGCCACCUCCGUACACACCUUCACAGUUACCUCCUCCUCCUCCAUAUCAACCAUACUGCAUCACUCAGCCGCCUGUACAUCUCCCUGCUCCAGCCAUGCAAGGAACAAAACCUUCCUUAUGUUCUCCACGAUGUAAAGCGUGUGCUUUAAUUGGGUCUGCCAUCUGUGUUAUGACAAUAAGCGCCUUAGUGAUUGCCUGGUAUUUUGGGAACUCUUCAAAGUGUGAAAUGAAAUGUUGGUCAUCGUCACAAUGUGUCUCUGCUUCCCAAUGGUGUGACGGCACAGUACAAUGUCCCAAUGGAGAAGAUGAAGCUUAUUGUGUUCGACUAUACGGACCGGAGUUCCUACUGCAGGCCUAUUCCUCAGUCAAGGGCAGAUGGCUCAAUGUGUGCAGUGACAAAUGGAAUGACAAUUUUGGGAAGGCUGCUUGCCGUGAGUUAGGAUAUAACACGAGCACCUAUUAUAAAAGUGGAAUGACCUGGCAUGGAUAUACCAUUGAUGGCUAUGCAGUACUGAAUAGCAGUAGCCCAAACGGCAAGUUGCAGAACACCCUUUCAGUCAGUGUUUCUUGUAGGUCUUUAGUUGGAGUCUCGUUACAGUGUAUAGAAUGCGGUUCAAAAGAUAACAGUACCUCGAGCCGGAUAGUUGGUGGUAAUUUAUCCUCAAUCAAUGACUGGCCAUGGCAAGUUAGUCUGUAUAGCAGUGGGAAAUUUACCUGCGGUGGUUCCAUUAUCACUCCAAACUGGAUCGUCACUGCUGCACACUGCAUAGAAGGAUCUAACACAUCAGUAUGGCAGGUUUAUUAUGGAUCAGUAGUAAAAGGAGUUGGAUCCUCCUCAUAUGUCGACAAAGUUAUUGCUCACCAAAGUUAUGACGCAACAACUAAAAACAAUGAUAUCGCCCUGAUGAAAUUGAAAUCAACAAUAACAUUUAGCUCCACUGCAAGACCAGUCUGUUUACCAAAUCAUGGAAUGAACUGGGUGACGGAAAACCAAUAUUGGAUUUCUGGAUGGGGCUCUACAUAUGAAGGAGGGCCAUCUACCAGUUAUUUAAGGGAAGCCUCUGUGAAGCUCAUUGACUCCACAACAUGCAAUACUCCCUCUGUUUACAACAACGCUAUUACUUCCACAAUGAUUUGCGCUGGUGAUCUUUCCGGAGGAAUUGAUGCUUGCCAGGGAGACAGCGGCGGUCCUUUGGUCACUCAAACAAAUAACUUGUGGUGGCUUGUGGGUGACACCAGCAGGCGAAAUGGCUGUGCCAAUGUCAAUAAACCUGGAGUAUAUGGCAAUGUUACAGUGUUCCUGGAGUGGAUAUACCUACAGAUGAAGACAUACAGAUGAUGUCACAGAGUUUUUAUUUCAUUUUAUAACUACGAUUAUUGAUGAAGAAUACAGUUUCAGUGAGCUGGGAACAGCGACUUUAUUAUAAAUCAAGAUGGUGCAGUACUUAUGGUUUCAACAGGACCAGCUCAAGAAAGAUCAAGAAAGAGGCUUGCUGUGUCACAGUUGUAUGGACUAUAUGUUAUAAUCACAAGAUUAUAAAUUGGCCAGCUUCAACCACCCAACUGCCCAUUAAUGACCCGUUUUGGAUUCAAAUGGGUGAAUGUAAUUUAUUAUUCAAUGCUGUUUUAAGUUGAUAUAACAAUAAUACUUUUCUGAGGCUCCCCCGACUCUAAAUACCUUGGGUCUACAUAACUCCGACAUAAACAAAUCAAUGAGUUGAUAACAUUUAAUGGAUACAGUUGCUUAUUAUGAACAAAUUUUUAUAAGUGGACAAAUUACCAGAAACACACCACUUGUUUCCAUUGUUACUGCUCUACUUUUAGAGUGAUCUCCCGUGUUGCUCAUUCCAAAAUGUAUCUGUGUGUAAGGAGAGCCAUUCAGUUCUACACAUGUACUCGUUACACUUGUAAAUCCCUUUAGCCCCUUAAGAACACAACUUCUGGAAUAAAAGGGAAUCAUGACGGAAUAUUUCCGUCAUAUGUCCUUAAGGGGUUAAAGGAGGAUCAAAAUCAUUCCUAAUUAUAUCCAACACAGUAAUUUGUAAAUACUUGUAUAUUCUAAUGUUUAUUUGUUAUAGAGUUUUACCUAAACACGCCAUUUCUGAUUAUUGUGUUAUCCUAUAGAAUGCACUUUUUCUUCUAAUUUCUUUGGGUACAGAACUUUG